AUAGUGAUAGCCCUGAUCACUUUCUUCGGUGCUAUCGGCAACGUCAUUAUCAUUGAGAUAUUCCUUCGCCUCGGGAUCUCAGACGGUGUGAACAUGUCCCUGGUAUCACUGGCAGUGUCCGAUCUCUUCUAUCUCAUACCAGCGUGCAUCAACUCAGUCAGCGUGAUGCUCCAAGGUGUUGAGGAACUCUCCAGUUUCAAAGUCUGGUUCCCAGUUGACCCUGACGUCGUCCACGUGAUAUCCAUCAACACCGGAGCUGGCUUCUACGCCAUCUCAAUGCUCGUGACAACUUUCAUCACCGUGGUUCGAUGUCUGGCCGUGGUCGAUCCGUUAAAAUAUAGGAAUUUGCUAUCGCGGACAACUACGGCAAUCAUAAUCUCAUCGUUUUCCAUCGUGUCCAUCUUGUUCACCAUUUUGUUAUUGGUGUACGUGGGCGUCUCCUCUGAGUUCGACUCUAAUAUCAACACCACCAGACUGGUUUUGUGGACCUCACCGAAAAGAGCUCUAAUCAAAGAUAUCAUUUUUGGAAUUAGGGACGUGUUCUUACCAUUGACUUCGCAAGCAAUAGUCGGCAUGUGCGUCAUAAUAAUGGCCAUCUACCUUCAGAAGGCUUCUACAUUUCGCCCAAAUCUUUUGAGUGAUCCACAAGGAAAAAUUAAAACUUUAAAUAAAGGGUCUGCACCAGCCAAACUGGUUGGCAAAGAACUACAGGUUGUACGACAAAUGCUGCUCAUAGCAUCAGUUUACAGUUUGUGCAACAUGCCAAAAGUUGUCUUCAAUUUGACACAACUUGUCUUACCUGAAUUCUACAGGGGUGGCCGUUACAGUUCCAUGUAUUCAACAUUAAAUAUUAUAAGAGAACUAAUUCAGUCGGUUAAUGCCAGCGUAACAUUUUUCAUUUACUUGAAGUAUAAUUCAAGGUUUAGGAAUCACUUUGUUCUUCACCAUUGA